CUACCUAGCCAUCCUAAAUAUCUUUACUAGCUAGCAAUCCUACCUAGCUACCACAAUAUGGAACAUUAUAACUUUACCCUAAUAAUUAAUAAUUAGUAUUAAUUUGUGCUCCAAAAAUUUACAGCCUUACAUAAAAACAUUUAUAUUCGCUAUUCUACAAGAAAAACAACAAAUCUUACAAUACCCCAAAAAUUUCCCGCCUGGGGGAAGUAAGACAAGGUCUUAAAAUUCUCUAAAACGUCCAAAAAUAGAAUACAAAUUUUAACCUCUGACCUUUUUUAUGACCUUAAUAUACGUUUGCCGGCCUUAAUAAGUUAUUUUAUAUAUUCCUGACCAGUAUGAAGAACCCUUCAUUUUGGUGUAUCACAUUUCCCUAUCGGAGAGGAGUCCCUGUGAUUGUUUUAUACCUUGAAUUUUAUAAACUAUUUUUAUUGAGAACAAAAUUGAAAUCGGUUGAUUAAUUUGACUAUAUAUCGUAAUUUUGAAUAAAUUAUACCCCAUACAAUGAAAGAUUUUCAUUCAGAUCAUUUGUUGUAUUAUUAUGCACAGUUUUCUGUGUGGACGUGCUCUGGUGCUAAGUGUUGGAAAGGCCCGUGCACCGCACCAAGUUGAGGCGAGUUGAGCUAUCUAUCUAACAAAGCUACAUUUCUUAUCGUGUGAUCCAUACUCUAUCAUGAUAUCAUCAACAUUCGAAAAAUAACUCAUCAUUAUUUCACCAGCUUAUUUUCCUCUUACAUUUUUAAUCGCUUUCAUACGUAAAAAUGUCUGGAGUCAAUCGAGAUCUCCUUCUCAAAAUUAUACUCCUCCGUCGGAUACGUCGUCGACUGAAACGCCAACCCCGCACGGAAUAUAUAAGGAGCAUAUUUGAAAACCGUGCAGUCCAGGGGGAAAGCCACCUGGCUAAUGAGUUGAGGAGCGAUCCGGAGUACCGCCGGCGGUACUUCCGCAUGAACGUUGAGAGCUACGACGAAAUUUAUAACCACAUUGAAUCCGGAAUUAAAAGUUGUAAUAACCAUCGUCGCCCCAUUACCGCUCAUGAGAAGCUUGCCAUUACUCUCAGAUAUUUGGGAACUGGAAGUUCACAGAUAGCUCUAUCCUUUGCUUAAAUCGUAUAUCGCCCCAAGCAAUUUCUGUUAUUCUGAGGGACGUCAUGACUGAAAUUUGUGACAAGCUAGGCCCUAUCUAUUUAAAGAAGCCAACAAUGGAAGAUUGGAUUAAGAACGAGUCCGGAUUCAACGCCAAGUGGAAUUAUCCCAACGCAUGUGGGGCAAUGGAUGGGAAACAUGUGCGAAUAAGAGCACCCGCGUUUUCCGGUUCGAAUAAUUAUAACUACAAGAACUUUUAUUCAAUUGUCUUGCUCGCCAUUGUUGGACCUGACUACCAAUUUACUGCUGUUGACAUUGGGUCGAGUGGAAGCCAAUCGGACGGUGGUGUCUUUGCCAGAUCACCUUUAGGAGCGUCGUUCGAGAGCGGAACGCUUGGGCUUCCCCCUCCUAAAGCGGUUGGCGAAAAACUCCUGCCCCAUGUAAUCCUAAGUGAUGAUGCUUUCUCCCUCAAACCGAAUCUCAUGAAACCCUACCCUGGAAAAUUUCUACCAGCAAAUCAAAGAAUUUUUAAUUAUCGCAUGAGCAGAGCAAGGAUGACCGUGGAAAACAGUUUUGGCAUCCUUUCGGCAAGAUGGAGAAUAUUUCAUGUCCCUAUCCAGGCUGAUAUCGAAUUAGUCAAACUAAUUGUGCGGGCCGCAGUUAUUCUCCACAAUUUCCUGAUAUCGAAAAAUGAGAUGAUGGAGAUUGCUGCCGAUGGACCACAUAAUGAAAAUCAGGCUUUUCAAGAUUUAUCGCAACAAGAGAUUAGUGGUGGAAUUUUAUCAGGUUCACAAGUUCGAGACGAAUUUUGUAAUUUUUUUAAUGGGGAAGGCUCAGUUAGUUGGCAAAAUAUGAGCAUAAUUUAACACAAUAUUUGAUUUUAUUGUAAUUAUACGUAUUAUUUUGAGGUUGAUGUAUUUUCGCCAUAAUUGUCGGUAUUUUAAAUAAAUGCAGUGGUUCCCUUAUUUCCACAAAGCGCAUCGGAUUUUUAACAUGGGGAUUUGAAACCAAACGUUAAUUAUUGUACAUAUGCUUCCUGUGGUUGUGAAGAUUCUGCUGAUAUGGGUCGCCAUCUUCCUCUUCUCCGUGAUGUUGUGCAUAAAAAUAUUUAAUUUUACGACGGUUUUAUAAAUAAUAGUUAAUUUAGGUCUGAAUAUUUAA